CAACUCAACAAUAUCAACACACCACGCUUGUUUGACACGAUGACAAAACGAGAGGGCACUCCAAGGCUCACGCUACAUUCGUUCCUUAAAACAGCAUCCCACGCCACGUCCUUCGGCAAUUGGAAAAAAGUCGACAAUCCACCGUCAUUGACUACCAACAGUGGUUUGGAGGAUAUAACAGUUAAAGAGAGGUACGACUACACAUUCGAACCACUUCCUGGUCGAGCAGACCUGGUGCGAGGGUAUUGGGAAGUCUUCGAAAGCUCGCCAGCGCAGCACUUCGGGAAGCCAAUGACGACUACACUUACCACUUAUUCAACACAAUGGCAAAACAGAAGAGCAAGGAGAUCGCUCCAAAGCUCACUCUACACUCCUUUUUCAAGCCAGUGACCAACCCUUCCUCUACUUCGACACUCAGAGAGACGUCGCCGAAGCUUUCAUCGACCAAACAAGAUGUUCCUCAAGUAGCCACAAUGUCCGUGGACAACCCACUGUCAUUGGCUGAUAAUGGUGGGUUUGAGGACACGAUCAACGACGAGAAGCACAAGUACGCGUUUGAGCCACUCCCUGGUUUGGAAGACAUCGUCGAAGAGUACCGGGACGUGUUCGAGGGCUCUCCCGCACAGUACUUCGGGAAGCUAACGACGAUCAAAGCACCAUCAUCCAUCCCAAGGGAUAUGGCGCGGGCGAACGUCUUGAAAGAUCGACCCCCGCCAGUCCUUGUGGGUGAGAUCCCCGAGUACUGGGAGUUCGAGAGUGACCCAGUCGAACGAGCACGGAUCAAGGAACGAUUUCGUUCAAAGGCCCGAAAAGCAAAGGCACGGUUGGAGAGGAUAGAGGCUCAGCGACAAGCGGAAGCCACUCGUCCGGCAAAAGAUGACGACGUUGGUGUGAACAACCCGAAUCUCAACAUCGCCUCUGAGCAGGUCGCGACUGGAAUGACCGGUCCAACAGGGCCUAUCGUACCGUUCUUGCCGCCUCCAAACGGCGACCACAUAUGCCCAUUUAAAGCACUCGGAAGAUGCGUCUCUAAGACGGCAUCUUACAACAACUUUCGCUUUAUGGCACUGCAUACACACCAGGCAUAUAAGGGCGAGCUUAUUCAGACGUUAGAACAGAACCCUUUCGAGGAUGGGACUUCGAAGAUCCCUUGCAAAGACGGCUGCGUCCAUAAAUCAGCAGUUACCAUGCGGCAGGUGAUCAUGCCAGUAGAUGUCCACGGCAUGAGUCGGAGCUGUUUCCUCGGCCUUGUUCAUGGAACUCCGUUUCUGGGGUCGUUUGCACUUUCAGGCGGGUAUUAUUGCGAUAUGUACUUGCUAGCAGGCCAUCUGGAAGUUUGCAAUUCGGCAAACAAGCCACAACUCGGGUUUGUCUUGUCUCGCAUAGAGAUUCGAGUCGAAGCCACUGAGUUACAAUCAUACAGUCUUCUCGUCGUCGCAAGUAGCUCCAGUCAGGCUCCAAAGUCAUGGCUAGGUGGCCAUGAAUAUGUCGACCAGGGUCUGCCAGCGUAUGCCCAGGGCAAGAUCAACACGUUCAAGGAGAGUAUCGGCUUUGGCAAUGCAGAUGCCAUUUUCCACGCGGGGACGCAUGUACAGACCAGAUACAUCCCCACUAGUCGACAUGACAAUGCGUACCAUUUCGUAGAUACGUAUCAUCGCAGUGCCAUGCGACGUGCAUGGAAGUUUAUCAUGGCCAUAGAGAAGGACCUGAGGGCACAGGCCGAGGCAAAUCCUCAACUAAAGCCUAUCCUCCUCUCAAUGGUAUCGAUGGCGGAAUCCACCAUUUCUAUGGGUUAUUCGAGAAACCGAACUGGUCUAUGGGAUGAUGGAGGAACACUUCCCAAAGGCUUCGACUGGUCUAUUUUAUGGGAUCUUCGAGUCGUGCCAGAUUCAAACGUCUCUAGGGACUGGCUUGGCCACGGUAUCUCCGUUGGUCUCGAUGGGUUUGCCUGUUACGAGGAUCGGGCACUUUGA